UGGGGUAGAAGCUAGCUAGUUAGCUAACAUAGUUCUCGAACUUGGUUGUCCGACGUUAUCCAGUUGCGUGGCUAAAUAGGGAGCUACCUUAACCUUAUCCAAUCGUUUAACGUAAUAUCGAUUCUUAUUCAUUUUAUGUUAGUAGCUAUCUGCUUUCUAGUCUAUUUAACAGCGUGGACAACAGUGAGUACAUGCGGAAUGGGGACUUCUUGCCCACAAGGUUGCAAGCCCAGCAGGACGCUGUCAACAUUGUAUGUCACUCCAAGACCCGCAGCAACCCUGAGAACAACGUCGGUCUAAUCACAAUGGCAAAUAACUGUGAAGUGCUCACUACGCUGACCCCCGACACGGGCCGGAUCCUCUCCAAACUGCACGCUGUCCAGCCGCGUGGCACCAUCAGCUUCUGCACAGGCAUUAGAGUGGCGCACCUAGCUUUGAAACAUAGGCAGGGGAAGAACCACAAGAUGCGCAUUAUUGCCUUCGUGGGAAGUCCAGUGGAAGAUAACGAGAAGGACCUGGUUAAAAUGGCCAAACGGUUGAAGAAAGAGAAAGUCAGCGUGGAUGUAAUCAACUUUGGUGAAGAGGAAAUGAACACGGAAAAGCUGACUGCUUUUGUUAACGCCUUGAAUGGGAAGGAGGGCGGUGGCUCCCACUUGGUGACGGUGUCUCCAGGCCCAAGCCUGGCUGACGCCCUGCUGUCCUCUCCCGUCCUGGCCGGGGAGGGGGGCUCUGUGCUGGGCCUGGGGGCCAACGACUUUGAGUUUGGAGUGGACCCCAGCGCUGACCCCGAGCUAGCACUGGCCCUACGCGUGUCCAUGGAGGAGCAGAGGCAGCGUCAGGAGGAUGAGGCACGCAGGGCGACUGUGGUGUCGACGGGCGACGCCAGCGUCCCCACACCCACCGGAGAUGAGUCCGAUGAGGCGCUGCUGAAGAUGUCGGUGGCACAGCCGGAGACGGGCUCCCCUGGCCUGCCAGACUUCAGCAGGAUGACCGAGGACGAGCAGAUCGCCUAUGCCAUGCAGAUGUCCCUGCAGGGGGCUGGUGGUGAGUAUGGUGAAGCUGAGUCUUUGGACAUGGACACAGGAGCCCCCAUGGAGACCGCAGAAUCUGUUAAGGAGGAGGAUGACUAUGACAUGCAGGAUCCAGAAUUCCUGCAGAGUGUCCUGGAAAACCUGCCCGGUGUGGAUCCUAACAACGACGCCAUUCGUGAUGCUAUGGGAUCCCUGGCCUCACAGACAGGCUCCAAGCCACCUGAGGACAAGAAGGAUGAGGAGAAGAAAAAAUGAGACUAGACUGGGACCUCAAUAAUUGCCGACUGGACCAGCACACAUUUAAAAUCCACGACAAACCUUUAGGGACAUGCACCCUUGAAACACACCUACACCCCCCCUCCCCCCUCCCCCCCAACACACACACACACACACACCCCCAAACCUUGUUUGUAGAUCAUCAUUUUGAUCAUGACUGAUGGAUGACCACAACGAAAGUGUUAUAUAUAAACACACACAAACGUGUUUCCUGUCAUUUGCUACUUACCUGCUUUGUUUUUUCUUUUUGCAUUGUGAUUAAAAGAAAGAAAAUGCU